AUGAGGGAAAUAGUGAUGUUGGGUACGAGCCCGCGAACGCAACGCUCCGCGUCAAGUGUUCAGCUUCCCGCUGACUACACAACGCAAGCCUCAACGGUGCCCGUGUUCCAUUAUCGCGCUAAGGACUUCAUUGUUGAUCUCCGAAAACCUAUCGAACCGUCGUCAAGUGAAGGACAACCUGAACGUGCUAACCUAAAAGAGCUUCUUCAUUCACGAUGGCAAGAGGCAAAAAAUCGGAACGCCUUCAAUUAUGGCCUCAACUGCAUGUACAAAUUAUUAGAAGGCCAGUACAAUCUUUCGAUGCAGCUAAAUGUCGAACGUGGCGAACUGCGACGAAAACCGAUGCGAUUCAAGCAUAUUAGGGAACCAUUCAAUCCUCUACGAUGGAACUUCACUAAACUUCAUGAGAACGAGAUGAUGCUCUAUUUACGAUGUGAAGAUCGUCCGAUCACUUCUGAUCCACUAGACAGACAUGUGAUAGCGGUGAAUGCGAGUCCUUUGGAACGGGAUCAUAGUCUGAUAAUCCCAUCAAUCAAUAAAUGCCUGCCACAGGUAAUCGAUUAUUUCGAAUACAAUCUCACUCGAUGCGUCGAAUUUCUAACGGCGCAAAAUCAGGCGCACAACGUGUUCAUCACCCGAGCACAGCCUAUUCGUACCAGUGGACCUGUACAAGAAGAAGAUCGUGCACGUGAACGGCCACAAUACGUUACCGCUUAUGUGUUUCCACGGGUAAACGCCAGCGGUGCAAAACCGCCGACAAAUUUCAAUCCUGCCGCCAAUGAGCUUGCCGGUUGCCUUACAUCAUACACAAUACGUUUUUUCGAAUCUGCUAGUGAACAAUCGUGUGUACGAAUUAUUGAGGAAGAAGCCCAGCUUGAAAGUCAGGCAUUUCAAAAAUUGGCGUUGGAUUUUUCGGAUCUGCUCAGCAACAGACCACUUGGCUCGUCACAUUGUUCACAUAACAGUGCUUUAGAGGAUCUUACUUCGCCCGAAAUCGACGAGUUACGAGACAGUUUUCAAACGUUUACACCUCAUUCACCGAACGUAGGCAGUGCUCGUCGAAGUCGUAGCGGUUCAUCGGAAAAGGAAGCAAUUUCUCGAUCGAAAUUCACUUUUGCUCAGGACACGGGCAUGCAACUCCUCUAG